UCCGUUUCUCAUAGGUUGAUUACAGAAUAAGAUAUGGAUGACAGAGUGAGAAAUGCUUGUGAAAAGCUCAGGAGAUUGAUUUUCUAAUGAUGAGCCUGUGACCUUGCUUUGGGCUGUUGACUCGAAUCUAUGAGAAUGUGAUCAUCAUACAUUGCCAAAUCAAAGUUCCAUGGCUCCAGUCUUUAAUAGGCACUGUAUAAGAGUAGACGUUGUGUGAGUGUAUACGUAUAGAAAAUAUGUGCCGGUGGUUUUUAGAGGGAAAAAUUUUUUGUACCUUGUCAUUUUUGGUGGCCCAAAGAUGUAAGAGCCCAACACGCGCACAACGCCUUCCAGGCUCCUCCACACUUUUCCGGCCUGCACGCCACCAAUACAGACCGCACACCCCCGUCCGUCGUCUGUCUCUCCGGCUCGCCGCCUCCUAAACCCCCCCGACCACCGCUGCCCGCCGCCCCUCCCGCUCCGCCCCGGCGCCAUGUCUGUGACGCUGCACACCAACCUGGGGGACAUCAAGUGCGAGGUGUUCUGCGACCAGGUGCCCCGCACGGCGGAGAACUUCCUGGCCCUCUGCGCGAGCGGCUACUACGACGGCACCGUCUUCCACCGCAACAUCAAGGGCUUCAUGAUCCAGGGCGGCGACCCUACUGGCACCGGCAAGGGCGGCACCUCCAUCUGGGGCACCAAGUUCGCCGACGAGUUCAGGGAGUCCCUCAAGCACAACGCCCGAGGGAUCAUGUCGAUGGCGAACAGCGGGCCCAACACCAACGGCAGCCAGUUCUUCAUCACCUACGCCAAGCAGCCGCACCUCAACGGACACUACACCGUCUUCGCCAAGGUCAUCCACGGCUUCGAGGUGCUCGACCUCAUGGAGAAGGCCCAGACUGGGCCAGGGGACCGCCCGCUCGCGGAGAUCAGGCUCAACCGCGUCACCAUCCACGCCAAUCCACUCGCCGGCUGAAUUGUUUUGCUGCUCGUGUUCUUGCCUCUUGGAGUACUGGACAGGAGGUUGGCUGAUCCACCAGGUUCUGGAACUCGAACUCUGCAUCUUGGCUGAUCCAUGGAUAUGAUCUGCCCGAAUCUUUUCUUAUUGCAAGCACAUCGUAUUGCAAUGGUGUAUUAACCGAUCUGCAUAGCAAUUUCUUGCCCAUCCUGAAUUGUGAGUUGUGAUGUGGAUUGUAAUUUCACAGGACGCAUUGCUUUCGAGUUUGUAGCGCGUAAUUCGCAGAUGUUGUGAUCUGUAACUUUGGAGUUUUCGUUCUCCAUUGACAUGAUUGGUAAGCGGUCAUGUUUGCAUUGGUCA